AUGAGCGACGCCGUCAUGAAGGACCAGCGCGAGGUGACCACCGCGGCCGCCGAGCCGCAGCCUGUCGAGGAAACUACUCCUGCUGUUGCGGCCGCCGAUGAGAGCGAUAAAAAGACGGAAGGUGUUGCCGACACCGAGAACGGGGAGGACAAGAAGUCGGACUCAAUUCUCAAGACGACCGCCCAGGCAAACCACAAGGACUACAAAAAAAAUCGCAAGUAUGACCCGACUACUCAGCCCGUGACCGAUGACCCCAGCAAGAUUCGCGCGCAGGUUGAGUUCUAUUUCGGCGACAGCAACCUGCCGAUCGAUAAGUUCAUGUGGGAACAAACGGGAGGCGAAGAGAACAAGCCGAUGCCGCUCAAGACAAUCUGCAACUUCAAACGCAUGCGCCAGUUCCAGCCCUACAGCGCCGUCGUGGCUGCUCUGCGCGAGAGCGAGUUCCUCGACGUGUUGGGCGACGAGGGUGAGGAGACGGUCAAGCGCAAGGUGGGGUACGUGUCGGUGCCCGAGGCGCAAAAGGCCCGCCUGGAGCGGUCCAUCUACGCCAAGGGCUUUGGCGACGAGGAGCCCUCGACCCAGUUCGAUGUCGAGGCCUUCUUCUCCAAGCACGGCCACGUCAACCACGUCAAGUUGCGCCGCACCCACGAGGAGCUCUUCAAGGGCUCUGUCUUUGUCGAGUUCAGCUCCGUCGAGGAGGCCGAUGCCUUUGUCAAGCUGGACCCUAAGCCCACCUGGAAGGGCCACGAGCUCCUGAUCAUGAAGAAGAAGGAUUACUUGGAAGAGAAGACUAGGCAAAUCAGGGAAGGCGAGAAGGAACCGAACCAGCACCGGCGCGUCACUUUCUUCGAGGGCAAGGAGCGCGGUGGAGCCCGCGGCGGCGCACGCGGCCGGGGUCGGGGUGGCAAGUUCGGCGGCGAUUGGAAGGACAAGGACCAGAAGAACGGUCACAAGGGCGGACGGAGCCGUGGACGGGGCAGGGGUGGUCGGGGUUUCCGCGGCGGCCGCGGCGGGGGGCGCGACAACAAGGGCCGCGACGAGAAGAAGAGUGUGGAGGCCAAGCAGAGCACCAAUGACGUCCAGAUGCCGACCAUCCAAUCUACCGCCCCCCACGGCAAGCGGGCUCGCGAGGACGACGGCGGCGAGGCGCCCGCCGCGAAAAAGGUUGAUACCAAGGCGGAAACUGCUACGGCGCAAUGA